AUGUCAUCACCAAACAACUCGGUCCCUCAGCCCCACGUGUCGCUCCUUCUCCUGCGCCUCGAUGUCAUCGCUCGCCUCCUCGUCCUAGAGCUCCUCCUCGGUUGUCACGAUCACUCUGUCGUGAUCCAAGAGACGGAUACAUGUGAGCUGGAGGAGCAUUGCACCAAAUGGACCUACUCGAAGUCGGUGGUAGCACUUGACAUGACAUGGAACAUGGCAUUCAUGGUGGUCUUGGCGAUUAUGGUUGACGAGGAUGAUGUUGGAACCUUCGAGAGUUCCUCUUCCUCCGGGUUUGAAGGAAUUUCUUGUGAAUUGAUUUAUCUGAAGACACUAAUUCCUUGGGAUAAGGAAACAAUAGAGGCCUCGGUUAACAAGACAAGAAGAUUGCUUGUUAGUCAUGAAGCUCCUAUAACUAGAGGUUUUGGUGCUAAAAUCUCAGCUUCCAUUGUUGAGUGUUGCUUCUCAAGGAUGUCUUCUCCCUUGGAAAUUAGUGAACCAAUAGCAUCCACUCAUACAAAUGAUAAUGAGGUGAAUGUACAAGUUCUUGCAAAUUCAACUCAAGUAGAAGCUAACAAUCAAGAAAAUGAACAUGAAGAACCAGUUGUCGGGAGAAAGAGGGAAAAAACUUCAGUUGUUUGA